AUGGCGUCGUCUCCGGUGCAUUCCAGCGGCCAGGCGGCUAUUCUCAAGCACACGAACAUCAUACUAAACAGAACGUUCACAACUGCGCCUGUGAUGCCCUCGCUGAACGAGAAUCUGCUGCAAAGGGACGUGUUUGACUACGAUUUCAACCGCGAGCGCAUCUUCCUGGAGAUCGCGGAGGCGGAGAUCGCCGCUAUGCGCAAGGCAGAGGAAGAAGAGAAGGCGGUUGCAACUGAGAGGGAUGAGUCGGACGACGAACUCGCACGACAGAGCGCGAAGAUGUCGUUGUCGAGCAGCAUGAGCAGCACGGGCCACCAGGACAAUACACCAACGAAGCCUCGCAGUACCAGUGAAGAGGAUGUAGCAGCUGCCAUCUCGGCUUCUCUCCGCGAAUAUUAA